CCGGCCGCGCUCGGAAAGCCCCCGCGGCUCCGCCCACCCCCUAGGGGCUUUCUCCAGCCUCCAGCGACUGGAGUCCUGGAGCGCAGCCGCCGGGCGCGCGUUUCCGCCGAGCUGGGGCGCGCAGAGCAUUGCUUUUCUGGGGCCGCAAGAGACAAGAGGCGGUGACCUCGGUGCGCGCCCCGCGUCCCCGGCUCCCGGCCAGCUCCCCGGCCCCCGGCCCGCGCCCCGGCCGCCAGCAUGGUGCUGCUGGCCGGGCCCGGGCCGGAGGGCGGCGGGGCACGCCGCGUGUCCCCGCAGUCGCCGUCCCCACCCCGGGACGCGCAGGCCGGGGAGGACCCAGCUGACUUCGAGGAGUACGAGGACUUCUCGAGUCUGCCCGACACCCGCAGCAUCGCCUCGGACGACUCCUUCUACCCUUUUGGAGGCGAGGAGGAGUACAGCUCCGUGAGCGCGGAGAGCGUCCCGGAGGCCGUCCCGGAGGCGGCGACCCUCCUGCGCGCCGCCUGCGCCAACGAUGUGGGGCUGCUGAGGGCGCUGGUGCGGCGGGGGCCCAGCGCCGAGGAGGUGCAGGAGACCGACCGCAACGGCCGGACCGGCCUCAUUGUCGCCUGCUGCCACGGCUUUGUGGAUACUGUGGUGGUCUUAGCAGACUGCCCCCACGUUGACGUCAACUGGCAGGACAGCGAGGGCAACACGGCCCUGAUCACGGCUGCACAGGCAGGGCACGUCACCAUCACCAACUACUUGUUGAACUAUUUCCCCGGUCUUGACCUUGAAAGGAGGAACGUGUUUGGGUUCACGGCCCUGAUGAAAGCCGCCAUGCAGGGCCGGACGGAGUGCAUCCGAGCCCUGAUGCUAGCAGGGGCAGAUGUCCACGCCAGGGACCCUCACCGCAGGAUGUCGUCCCAGGAGUGGGCUACUUACACGGGACGGUUUGAAGCGGUCCACGUCAUCCAGAGGCUGCUGGAGCGACCCUGCCCAGAGCAGUUUGGGGAACAGUACAAGCCAGAGCUGCCGCUGGCCCCCGAGGUGGGUCCGAAGCCUGCAGGCUCCAAGAACUGCUUGCAGAGGCUCACUGAGUUUGUGCGGUCCAUACUGACCUCCCGCUUGCGCCAAGGCCUGGAGGAUGGGGGCGUCCUGGACCACAUGGUCAGGAUGACCACGAGCCUCUACAGCCCCGCCGUGGCCGUCGUCUGCCAGACCAUGUGCCCCGAGAACCCCCCCUGUGUGGGGAAAAGGCGGCUGGCGGUGCAGGAAAUCCUGGCGGCACGGGGGGACCUGGACACGCAAGCCCAAGAGAGGGACAAAGCGGAGGGCACCGAGCAGCGAUUCCGGACCUCCCAGGCCGCGGGGGUCUCCAGAGAGGCCCCCAGAGCCAGCUCCACGUCUUCCCAGCUGCCAGCUGCCCCGCGGAAGGCCAGCCUCCUGUCCCUGCAGCUGCUGCGGCGGAGCAGCGUGCGGCCGGGCGUGGUCAUCCCCAAGGUGCGCGUCAGCAAGGCGCCCGCGCCCACCUUCCAGCCCGAGCGGGCGGCGAAGGGCAGCACCAAGGACAGCGCCCACCUGCAGCUCCCCAAGUGGCGGUACAAGGAGGCCAAGGAGGAAAGAAGGAAGGCGGAAGAAGCAGAGAAGCAGCGACUGGCCACGGCGCAGAAGGAGAAGCGGGCACCGUCCUGGAGGAAAAGGACGUGAGAUUUAGCUAAAUGCCUUGAUCAUCCCUGGCCCCACUACUCUGAGAUCUAAAAAGGGUGGAAGAGCAAGGCAGUGCUGAGAGAUCAACAGUGUCCCUGUGGAAUUAUCAUGUCGUGCCCUCCAAACACCCAAGAGUGAAUGAACGGCAGAUUCCGCCAGCUGCUUCCGUGCAGAAUGUUGGCACACCUCCCCCACCUCCACCCCACACUUUCCCCCUUUUUUCUCUUUCGGGAGGGAGACUUGGUUUGCUCUCCUAACAGGUGAUAGCACCGCCCUGCGCCCUGCCGUACAGAGCAGGCGGGAUCCGGUGUCUGCUUGCGCUCCUGAUGUCUAUUAACUGUAAAUAGUGAAUCUCAACUUGACAGGUACCCUCUCAGGGAUUUAUAUAUAAAUGCAGUUAGGGGAAAAGCUGAAGUCUAUUUUAAUACUUUUUAGCAUCUGAGUGCGUUAUGAUUAAACUAGAUAGAAGAAAUAUUUCUAAGACAAUGUCAGUGCUGCUGUUUUCUGGGGAGAGGCCUGGGAAUCACCCCUCGUGUUGAGAUUUCUUGAUUAGUAGAAACUCGGGACUCUGGCAGCUGAAAUGGCUUUGGAGUGGAUGUGAAGUCACUUCAGUGCCUCUCGGUUGCCUCUUGUGGAUGUGAACCCUUGUAUCAAAAAAAAAAAAAAAAAAAAUCAGCCUUUAUGUACGUAGAGACGGCUGUGACAGCAAAGACGGACCAUUCAUCGCUUUCACCUCUACAGCUGCUUCCUCCCCAUCUGAUCCAGGGGUGUGUGGUGUGACGGUGACAGUGUUUUCUAUCUGCUUAUGUGAAUCGUGUUCUACAGUCAGCCGAGCGCCAAGCUCACCGCUGGGAGCGGGGAGGGCAAAGCUGGAAUGACCGCGGUGUUCAGAGACUUCGCGUGUCUUUGGCUACCUUUGAGAAAUGCAACACAUGACACUGUGGACCUUCGUGACUUUUUCUGCAGCACCUCCCCACGAGCUCCUGGUGGCACUAGAGGCCUCAGAAAUAGGGUCGGAAAUUGCAGUAGUUCGUCAUCUCAACUUCGGGCACUCCUGCUACUCGCUCAGUCUGCAGUGGAGGACAGAGUUCGUGAUGUCAGUUGGCAAGUGGGAUUUGUGGAUGCAGGGUGGCCAGGGCAGGCCGCCUCUGCCCGCUUCCCUCCGUGCUGUGGGCGACCAGGUCUCUGGAAGGCCACUGGGUGGAGAUGAGGCUGUGAAACAAUCCCGUGAGGUGGGCCACACCCCACUCCUGAACUGGACGCAAAGCCUGCUGUCUCCAGGGAAGAAUCAUGGGUACCGAGUUACUGUGAAGAAAGGCACCCCUGAGGGGUCAGUAAACGAGCUAAGACUAAGAAGUAGGGACGAUCUGACUCUUGCAGCCUCUGGCAGGAUCACUGUAUUCCCCGCUCAUCCACGCUGCGUUAAGGCGCAGACUGUCUUUUCAUCAUUCACUGGAGCUUGCUCCGCGAAAGGAGUCCUAGCCCUGACGGAUGUCAGGUGCAGUGCUUACGUAACCCCAGGUUCACCUGGAGACCUGUGCUCGCUCAUUUCCCAUCCUGAUACAAUGCAGGUACUCGCUGCAGUGCUAAGAUUAUCAGGAACUAUUUUAAGCUGCUAGUUGAAAUCCGUCUUUUAUAGGAUGAAGUGCUGACACUUUUUCUUUUUCACAGUAUUUGGGGAAAUCCUAACGCGCUACCCAAGUAUUCCCUCGCGAGCCUUUCCGUCCCACGUGGGUAACUGUUUGGAUUCUGCAUUCGGCUGUGGGUGCCCGGCUCACAGGAUCCCUCAGGGCUCUGGUCUGCGUGUCUGGUUUCCUCGGCGGCAGGCUCACGCUGGGCCCCUUUCAGCCGGGCCUGGCGGACCAUGGUCUUCUGGGGAAGGAAUGGCAGAAGACCCAUCACGCCUGCUCCUCAUAAAACAACAAAGUCCCAUUUGCAACAACAGCUGGCAUUGGGCACAUAAUCACGGCAGCGGGAGGGAGGGCUGUUGCCACGAAGAACUUACAGCAAACCAGCUCUUCCUGCAAACGCUGGUUGCCGCCCUCUCCAUGCAUUUAGACUUUGUUUCAGAUGUCCGUGUGACGCUUGAAUCAGCUACUUGUGGCUGUGCCCUUGAAUCCACAUGUUUCUUCAUUAACAUUUAAAAUAAGUGGCUAAAAAAAUUCCUCUGGAGGUUUUUUUAUUUUAAAGAAAUAGAAAAAAACAAAAAACCACCACUGCCUGGUUUGAUGUAGCUCAUUUUUGAGGGACUCAGUUGAAUGCCAGGGCUGCGUGCAAAGUCUCUCCUUCCCCUGACCCAGCCUGAACUAAGGCUCAUGUGAAAGGCACAGCCCUGCGGUGCUCUGAUGGCCCUCAGCUGCAAGUGGAGGUGUGUGAUGUGAUGUGAGUGCACGCACACACACACAGGAAGGAGUCCGGGCUUUGUGCUCACAGACAGGACUGCCAUUGUGGCUCUCAGGUAACGUCUGGUGUGACCUGAUUGGAUGGCAUGUAGUGGAGGGUGGGACAGCCCAAGACCCCCGCUGGGAGGACUCCAGUGUGUCCACUGCGGCACAGGACACAGCCAGUGUGUCAUAACGCAGGUCUUGUCGAAAGGUGGUGUUGGCCUGGGCGGCUCAUGUAGGAGCUCCUGGGCGAGGUUGUGUAGCCGGGCCUGGGCCGUCGCUCUGCUGUUGGCUGCCUCCUUGGCAUGGAGGGGCAGAAUCCAGAGGGGAUGCCUGGGGAGCUGCACCAGCCAUUCACCCCAUGGCACCAGGCUAACCACAGAAUCAGCGUCUUACCCUGCGGAGGCACUGAGAUCUUCCCAAGUCUGCCCAAGUAUCAGUACUCUAAUUAAUCAACGCUAACACUGUUUGGUUUUUGAGAGAAUCAUUUCAUCAUAAUGGGACACCUUUAUAUUGUUUUUGAAGAACAUGAAGACGAGAAACAAAAUGAAGCCAGCGGUUGCAGGCACGGCAGUGGCCUGUGUUCAUUCGAUGCUUUAUGAAAUUUUGGGAGGUCGCAUUGAAGCACUUUAACACCAGUUUUUGAGCAGAAGUUCUAGAAGCUGGUUUGGAACCUCACAGCUCUGUCAAACAGGAUGAAAACCAGGAAAGGAUGCUAUAAACCUGGCCAUGUUACCAGCAACCCUGUGAGCCUCUCGGCCAUGCUAAGGAAUUUGAAUACUAGACCCCAUUCAAACAAACAGGCAAAGCUAAUCUCAUUGGAAUUCUUUUCAUUCAAAUCCUUGUUCUGCCUCACAUGUAUUGGGUGUCUGAGAAUGUGUGUUUUUAACAAGGGUGACUAAGAAUUGUAUGGACUCUGCACAGGUGCCAGGUUUCAGGUUAUGUCAUGUUGGUAUAAGCUUUGUUUUCUGAAUGUAAAACUAUUUUCAUUGUCAUUUCUAAAAAUCCCGUAGAUUUCCGGAUAUUGUAAAAAUGUUGAAUAAGGAUAUAGGUGUGUAAAUUUCAUAGUGUUUUAUUUUGAGGUGAGAGUUUUGUUACAGUUUAUAAAAGAUAUUUUUCUAUUUAGACCUCAGGGCUAUUUGGGGACCUACAAAUAAAUGUGACCCCAGCAGUUUCAAUUCUUGAUAUCCAAACGGUUAAUAAUCAUCUUUAAGUUAAAUAGGAUAUAUUAUUCAGCAGAAAGAACGUGUCUUUCCCUUUUAGCUUCUCUUUUAACAAACUCUGUAUCUAAAGUUUAAAACGUGUAGCAAAAAGGAUGUGGGUCAUGUAAAAAUGUGGGGAAAUUGUGGCUACGGAAUUUAAAAUCACUUGUGAAAUAAAGUCUUAUGGUACAACGGUGUGAUACUUGGAUAAACCUAAGUGUGUGUACAUUAGAAAAUGAUACAACGAUACCAGUGUUUUAAAUGUUACUUAUUUUGAUCGAAAUAGGCGUGCACUUCCUUCAUCUGACAUGCUUUUAUUUUUCACGUUUCAAAAGUAAGACUUUUAAAUUCAUGAGCUAUCUGCGAAUACCUCUGCACGUGUUAAAAUAAUCUUUUUACAUUCUGCCUCUUCUCAGAAGUACCCACUGGUAGGGAGGCAUCCUUCAGCUGUGUUUCUGUGGAUUUAUUUACCUGUGUAUACAGAAACAAAUUUAGUUUUGUUAUUUAUUUAUUAUUAUUAUAUAAUAUGUUAUGUAUUAUAUAAUAUAAUAUACAUUAUAUAAUAUAAUUUUUUUGCCUUGUUAA